AUGAGAAUCGCCAAACCCCUUCUAUCAACAGCCAUGUUCGGCAACACUCUGGCCGCGACUCUCAACACUAACCGCACCUUGAACCUGGCCCCUCACUAUUCCAACGGCUCAGUCACCGUCGAACACCUCUCAGUCGCCGGUAACCUCGACGGCUUCAAGAUGCUGUCGCCCGCCGCCCGAGCAUCCGCGGACUUUUGGUACUUCGACGUCGUUUCCCAGAGUACCAACCAGACGCUCAACAUCGUCUUCUUCAACUCUGGCGAGUUCGCCCAGUAUCCCCAUCCCCUGUCCGUCCAGGUUUCCGGUACCUACGCCAACGGGACCGACUUCUUCCUCGAGGCACUCGCGGACUCGGGAGUGACCAUCACCAACGGACCAGACGGUAUCACUGGGGACUGGAAAGGGGUUGGCAGCUUCAAGGGCUCUGCUCUGGAUAGGCCUAAUGUAGAAUACUCCAUCUUCCUCGAUUCGCCCGACAUGGAUAUCAAGGGCAACAUCACAUUCAAAUCCACCGCGCCUGCCCAUUACCCAUGUGACCUCAACGGCGCCGUCGGCGUCACCCAGAACCUCCUACCGGGUCUCUACUGGGCCAACGCCGUCCCCGACGCCGACACCACCGUCAGCCUCCGCAUCAAAGACACGACCGUCGAAUUCGCAGACGGAAUCGGGUACCACGACAAGAACUGGGGCGACAAGUCCAUCAUCGACGGCCCGCGCUACUGGGACUGGGGCCACGCGCGCCUCGGCCCGUACUCCGUCGUCUGGUACAACCUGCUCGACUACGCCGGCGACGAGAGCCGCCGGUCCUACGUCGUCAGGGACGGCGAGGUCCUCCUGGUCAGCUGCGACCCCGCGAGCAUGGAGGUGCGGCAGAGGGGCGGCAAGGCCGCGUGGCCGCCUACCACGGGGCUGCUGGAGACCGAGGGGUUGUCGAUCCGGUACACCCUGCCGGAUGGGGAUGUUCUCGCCCUGAAUGUCACGACUGAGUUGAUUGUCAAGGACGAGGAUGGUAUCUACCAGCGCGCGAACGGAAUCAUGGAGGGCGGCAUUGUUGGGGGGGAGACGUUUGUGGGACGUGGACACUUUGAGGAGUUCAUCUUUGGAAUUGUUACCGAUUACACCCCCAAGGUCUGA